ACGUACCACAGUGUCGGUUCAUUAAAAGAAUCAAGCAAUGCUUUCCUCAGUUCAAGUCCAAAGAAUUCAAGAAAACAACAACCUCAAAAACACCGUGAACCACCGCAAUCAUUCCUCUACCACCACUACCAUACGGAGAGUUACACCUUCUGUUUACCUCCCCGAAGACCUCCACCACCACCACACUCACGCGGUGGGUCAAAACCAGUGUUCUUCCACAAUAACCUUGUCGAUCUCCGCCCCCAUGGAAACUGUCUGGUCGGUCGUCCGUCGCUUCGACAACCCACAGGCGUAUAAACAUUUUCUUAAGAGCUGUCACGUCAUCGUCGGAGACGGUGGCGUGGGAUCCGUAAGGGAGGUCCAAGUGGUGUCGGGGUUGCCGGCCGGAUCCAGCAUGGAGCGGCUUGAGAUCCUUGAUGACGAACGCCAUGUCAUGAGCUUCAGCGUCGUCGGUGGAGACCAUCGCCUGAAAAACUACCGGUCUGUCACCACGCUCCAUUCUUUACCGACGUGUGGCGGAAACACCAUCGUCGUGGAGUCGUACGUUGUGGACGUGCCACCAGAGAACACCAAGGAAGAGACGUGUGUGUUCGUCGAUACCAUUGUACGAUGUAACCUGCAGUCACUCAAGCAAAUGGCUGAAAAUUUAACCCAUAAUUAGUUACUCUACAUUUUAUUGGACAACUUUUUAGCUAAUUGGUCAUUGGUAUAAUUUUCUUAUGUUUUUUCGUGGGAUUUUUAUCAGGUUGGUAUUUCAUGGUGUAAUGUUAUGAAAUAUCCUAGAUUACUCUCAUGUUUAAUAGAAUAUUAUGUUCCUUCUUUCA